AGUCGUAUUAUUCCAGAACACCAGCACUUCACGCUGGAAUUCACUAUUCUUUGUUCCUCGUUCCCCUCUGUUUAGGAGCUUCGUUGUCGAAGGGAAGCUGCUACUUUGUCCACGAAUUAGCAGACUCCUUCCGAGUAAAUUCGGAGCGCGUUAUUUGACUGGACAAAAAGACGGUAACCCCGCGUGUCCAGAAGAAAAGCGAGUUCCAAUACCGAUGUAGUUUCCAUCGCUGUACGGUUUUCGUAACGAUCUUUGUUCGUGCGAGUAUUUCUUGUAGGGGGAAUUCCGCGACUUCCGUGACUCCAAAAUCGAGGAAUAACCCUUGAUUCGGUCUUCGUAUCCGGUCCGCAAGGCUUUCUGAACGAUCGAAUACGAGAGGCGUUGCCAGUCGCGUAAUCCGCUCCGAAACACGGGAACGAGCAUUAUUCUAGAUUUAUUUAUUAUGUUACGACGCAUUAUCGUGUUGGCAAUACUUGUCCUCUCGCUCGCUCUCUUGUCGCUUACGACAAUCUUCCGCGAGAGUCUUCCGUUUCGGCCGACGUUUUCGGCAGCAUUGGCUCUUUCUCUUGAUUCCGAGUUGCCCAGAUUCACUGAAGAAAUACAAAAUGUGACAGUCAGUGAGGGUCGCAACGCUGUGCUAGCCUGUAUAGUUGACAAUCUACGGAAUUUUCAGGUGGCAUGGGUACGAAUCGAUACGCAAACCAUCUUAUCGAUCCAUCACAAAGUCAUCACCCAAAAUCCACGGAUAUCAUUGACGUACAAUGAUCAUCGUACGUGGUACCUCCAUAUAAAGGAGGUUCAGGAGGACGAUCGCGGAUGGUACAUGUGUCAAGUGAACACAGAUCCGAUGAGAAGCCGACAGGGUUACCUGCAAGUUGUAGUGCCACCCUCCAUUAAAACGAACGAAACCAGCUCGGACAUGGUCGUACGGGAGGGUGCGAACGUGACGCUGACGUGCAAAGCUAAGGGAUAUCCAGAGCCCUACAUCGCCUGGAGUAGAGAGGACGGAAAGGACAUAAAUUAUAACGGCAAAAACGUGGACGUCGUGGGCGGUGAAGUAUUCCACAUUGUGAAGGUCAGUCGGCUUCACAUGGGGGUGUACUUCUGUGUUGCUGCGAACGGUGUCGUACCUCGAGUUAGUCAACGUAUAGAUCUUCGUGUGCAAUUUCCUCCUAUGCUUACUAUCCCCAAUCAAUUAGAGGCUGCGUAUGUUGGAGACGAUGUCACUCUGGAAUGUCGCACAGAAGCUUAUCCUGCCUCGAUCAAUUAUUGGACGACCCACCGCGGCGAAAUGAUCGUCUCUGGCAAUUACCGUUUCGUUACAGGUGACAAGUAUGAGGCGGUGCAAACCGAAAACGGUUACACCAGGACCAUGAAACUGAAGAUCAGACACGUCGAGCCGAAAGAUUUUGGCACAUACAAAUGUGUGGCUCAAAAUUCUCUUGCAGGAACUGACGGUGACAUUAAAUUGGACGUGCUGCCAGCUACCUCGACGACAUCCACCACACCGCCGCCGUACCAUGUGACAUCAUCAAUGAAGAAAAACGGUAGUAACGGUAACAAGAAAUUACGACAACGACCUAUCGACUACGAGGUCGAGGAAUGGCGAGAUCCAGAUUACGACAGGAAUUACGAGUCGCCAUCGAUGAGGCCGCCAGGUGAACCUCCGGUCGACGCGCUGAGUCUGGCCGUUUCCCAUCGGGCUCAGCUCGUUCUUCAUCUUCUGGUGAGUCUGCUGUCACUACUACUUCCAGCCUUCCGAAGGUGAUUCUCACGUCGCGGGAACGGGGCUUCCAGUUCUAGUGUUUAUUGGACGGUGACCAGACCGGAGACGGCUGCCAGUUUCCGGCGCGCCGGCUCCGGCUGGGUGAUGGACGAGUGCGACGAGACAAGACGCGCUUGAAAUUAUUUUCAUACUAAAAGUGGACGUAUACAGAGAGCAAAGAGGAUAUUAUAUAUAUAUAAUAUAUAUACAAAGAUAUAUAUAUAAAUAUAAAUAAAAACAAAUAUGAUA